GUGAAUUCAAUACUUCGCCACAACCUGGCUCUGCUGUUUACAUAGGCGACUCCAAAUAUUGGCCAAUAUUACACGUCCUUUGUGAAUAAUUCUUACUGAUUAGCAAGAGCACAGGUGGUGGUUGUAAACACGCUCUGCGAUAGGUAAUAAUCCUUCAUUGGGAGACGGAGGCUGCUUUUAAGCAUAACGGUUUGCCACAAAUGAUUAGACGAGCACACGGAAGAGAAACAGCUUACAGCUAUACGCAUUUGAUAAUUAGAAUAAUUUACACGUUAUCCAGAUCGAGCUGUAUUUUUUUUCCCUGUAUGGAUAAAGUGCAUAUCGAGAAAUAUUGAUGAGGAAUAUCACAUAGGUGGAUUGCGGGAAAACGGGGACCAUCGCUUGGGAAAUAAUAUUGAAAUUCGAACGCCUUGUUACGAGAAGCGCUAAGUAGCCGGGUGGUUAGAACGCUGUCGUUUGUACGGGCCAGGUGUGAGGUUAAUUUCGCUGGGCUGAAUAAAUAAAAACGGCUGGCCAGCACCCGGGAGAAGCGUAGCUGUGAAACACGAUCGACAAGGCAACAGUUAACAGGCAUAUAGCGAUUUUAAUUUGAGGUUGUAAUUUUUGUGCGCUGCUAAGCCUUUCGAUAACAAUCGUUUAAUCAACUAGAGAGAAACAGAUCUUCGCCCGACGCUCUUAUUCAUCGUCUAUACAUGCGAUUAAUCGAGCUUGACUACUGAACAUCUGGGCGCAUUCAAAGACAACAGCGCUCAAGCGUAGCUUUUACCACAAACACUUUACACUGAACAGAAUAUACGAAUUCUCUCCUUGACUCUGGAACAAAGCGCUAUUUUGAUUUGUCGCUUGGUAUAAAUAUCCCUGUACCCAUGAGCGGAACAGAGACCAGGUCAACACGGGACCAUGCUGCACACGCGGAGGAACAGUUGCUUGAAACUGGGUGGGGAUCACCGGACGAGAUGAAUUUGCCUAGGCAGAUAAAAUCUGGAUCAAGUAGGAGGAAUAAACGGAAGCAGAGAGAGCCUAAACGAAUUAACACCUCGGAUAGUAACAAGCCAGUCACAGUAGAUAUAGACCACACAGAGUCCCAAGGACGGUCGUGCUCAGAGCAGGACGAUUCUGAUAAUGAACUUAGUUAUUCGAUGGCUUCUUCUAUGAAGACGCACACACCAAUCCAAGGGAAUCCUUUCCCCAGCCCCAGUCCUAGUCCAAGCCCGACUGAAUUACAACAAGAUUCACCGAUCGAUUACUCUUUUAGCGGGGACGGUACACCUGUGAAGGCAGGAAGGAAAAAACACACUCGUUCUUACAAAAACUUAAGUCGUUCUAGACGAAUUGUGGCCAACGCAAGAGAAAGGAAUCGCGUACAUACAAUCAGUGCCGCGUUUGAAGGACUGCGCAGAGCCGUACCAUCAUAUUCUCAUAACCAGAAACUAUCCAAACUUGCCAUCUUAAAAAUAGCAUGUUGUUAUAUACUGGCACUUUCUCGCCUGGCAGAUUUAAAUUACACUACAGAGUCUGGAGAUGACAUAAGCUUUGCGGAGUGUGUUGAACUUUGUACGAAAACAUUACAAGCAGAGGGAAGAUCAAAAAGAAGGAAGACUGAUCUGUGCUAGUGAUAUACUGUAGAGGGCGACAUAUAGAAUUUGCAGAAUCAGUAGAUCGUCGACUUGUGUCUCUCAUAUUCCGUCCCUGGCUGUCUAGUGAUUAGUUGUUCUUGACAGACUGUUGUAAAUCAUUUCAUUUUAAUAUUUAAUAUAUAUGAUAAAUAAUAAAUCUGCACUAUAAAUAAUUUAGAUAUUUAAUUGUUUUUGAAACGAGAAAAUACAAAUAAUUUAAAACAUAUCACAGAAACUUUUAUAUCUUCCUUUUAUUUAGUUUAUAAUUUUUGCUUAAAUUCAGUAAUUUAUUUAUUCUUAGAUUUUAUUUAUAUGAUUUUUUUAAUUAUCCGUCCCACGUUAAUCGUCGUCGUAUGACGUCAGAGGAUUCGUGGCCCUUCUUGUUACUCGUCCUUACUGAGUAUUUUCAUCAAAGUGCGGUACUUAAUCUUGUAUCUUUGGGAUGUGAUAAAUACGUCAGGCUUGCGUCCGUCCUUUCGUUAUUGAUAUACUGUUUGUGUUUAGUUAAUUAACAAUGAAAUUAAUUAUUUAAAUAGCUUACUAUGAUAUUUAAGUUAUUUGUUAUAAAAGCUUCAAAAAUUAAAAACAAUACAUGUUCUCGCGCGUAAUAAACCAAUUGUAAGCCUAAUAUAUAAGUACAUUCUGAAAUUAAUUAACAGAUAGAAGAUAUUAUCUUUUGCACUUUACUUUUUAACUUAACCUUUCAUAGAAGCAAUUUAAAGUGUUAAUUUGAUUUGUUUGCGUUUUACACAAGCAGUGUAUCUACAGCAUGAACACUUAUUGUAAUCUCCGUCCUGAAAUCUACGUCAGUCACAUAAUCUUUCUAAGAUUGCUUUCGAUUAUUUUAUAAUUAUCAAUAUCCUAAAAAUAUUUUUUUUAAUUCUCCUCUAUAUUCUGAUAUACUUUCGUCUAUUAAAGAAAAAUUUACGUAUGUUGAAUUUGCGAUCAUAUGGUGUUGUGACCGAAAGUUAUGCGGUUCAUUUCUUACCCUGUGUUUGUUAAUUUAUAUUAAAUAUAAAAAAUAAAUAAAAGUUGAGUUUUAUAAAGGCCAACUCAGACAGCGUCGGCCGACGCAGCCCGACCUGAUUUAUCGUCGUACACGCUGUCUGAGUUGGCCUUAAGACGUCCUUCCGGCGUCGUACCAUUGUGCAAAUGAAGUGCAUUGAUUCUUUUUAAAUAAUAAUAUACUGUGUUGUCAACCCAACUGUACAUAACUUAAUUUUCUUUGUUAUUUUUAUAUUUAAGUAGUUUUAAUGCAAUAUAAAAAUGUUAAUUUAAAUGAAAAUUGAUGAGAUCAUCGAAAAAAAUCGUUAUCUGUUUUGUAAAUCAUUUUCUGGCUUGUGAGAAAAUAGUUAUAUAGGUUAGUAAUAUUGUUAUUGAGGAGGUUGUAAUUUCCUAAUAAAAUUACCAUAUGCCUAAAACCAACCUUUUAGUUACUGAUGGCGUUUGCCAUGAUAUAUUGUGAAAUAACGUGGUUGUUACAAAAAUGAUUCACUAGAUUUAAUUUAUCUAGUUAAAAUGUGUUAUCUAUCAUAGACUGAGUUUGAACGAAAUUGUGUUGGUCUUUUCUUCCUUUUACAUAAAGUACGUGUGUUACAAUUUUACAACUCUUUAAUACUAUAUAUUUACUUGAAAUUACAGUAUUUUGUUACAGCUUUAUACCACCGCUUAAGCUAUUAAGUCGAAUUAUAUUAUUGUUAUUGUAUUUAUUACAUGCUUGUAAAUUUUAUUGCAACAACCAAUAAUUUUAGUUAUGUUUUCUGUGUCACAGUGGUACGUUCUUUGAGGAAUGUAUUGUCAUUCUUUCUAAAGUGCGCCAUCUAUAGAUUGUAACUUGAAGCACAUCAUUAUAGCUGCUCUCUCUGUCUCUGAAAUAUCACUUGUAAACCGAAAUUCCAAAAGCGUUUUGGAUGUGCUGAACGCCUGUGUCCUUAUUCUUACACACCGAUUCGAUUUUCAUGAUCGGUUCGGUAGGCCUUCGGAUCUAAAAAAAUCGGAUCCGGUGUAAAUGAGGCUUUAGCCUACACCAAUGGCAUAGUCAUAACAUUAAUUCAGAAGCAUUAUUUGAUGAUAUAACAUGAUUGUAUACAAUAUUGAUAUGAUAUCUUCGUUUUCAUCGGCAAAUUGAUAUGUGGUAUCUUCGUUCUCAUCGGCAAAUACUGAACAAUUGGUUUUUUUUAGCAUAUGUCUGGCCGUUGUAGAUGGGUAACUAGUACGAGUGUGCGGGAGCUCAUUACUUUUCAAAUGAAGGACUAUGUAGGCCUAUUAAUUGCUUUUUUAAAAAAGUAAUUGGAACCGUAAAGACUUCAGUAAUGAUAAGAUAAUCCUAGCGCUCUUGAAAAAAACAAUAGAUUUUUCAGUAUCGCCAUUAAUGCCGUUUGAAAUAGUUUCACAUUACUGCUUAUUGUGCAUGUCGAUUGCGCAUUUCUCUUACUUUAAAACGUAAAUCAAAUUUCUGAAAUAAAUGUUGCUUUAAUGAA